AUGCUAGUUAAAUCACUUCAACGCCAACAUGAAGACUGUCAUCGCCUUGACCCUCAUCCUUGUCGUCGCGGCUCAGGCCACUUACUGGAACAAAAUAAGGCCAAUACAACCAUACAGAGACGCCAUCAGGAAAUUUCAAGCCUACUUAAUGAAUGGUCGAGAGGUCACACCCUCUGGCCCUGGACUUCUACCAUUCCAGGUGCUUAUUUCCAACAGAAGGAAGUUCUGUGUUGGAUCCCUCAUUAAGGAAGAUAAAGUGCUGACUGCUGCUCAAUGCUGUUCCGGAGGACGCUUUUUCCUUAUUUUCCUUGGCGGAAACAACCUUCACACUGACGAACCAAGCCGGAGGCAGAUUGUCUGGUCUACUAAAGCCACAAUUCACGAGAGUUACAACCCAUCUAGUUUUGAAAACGAUAUCUGCAUUAUUCACCUGGACUUCCCGGUUUCUGGCCAGGGCAUUUCGCCAGUCCGUCUGCCGUCUUGUUGUCUGCUCUCAGAAACCUUCGCAGAACGCACUGCUACCGUCUCUGGCUGGGAAUUCACCUCAGAUGGUGAAUCAUCCACUAUCAAAUCCCAGCUUGUUCGCAGAAAUGUAACCGUCUUAGAAAAUGGGGUAUGCAGAUUGGCAUAUCCAAUUGAUCCUAGCAAGACAAUCUGCGCGAAAGGAAUAUCUGGCAUAUGCUAUGGAGACGUUGGCGGCCCCCUCACCAUCACUGAAUGUGACGGAGUGGAGACCCAAAUUGGAAUCGCCAGCUUUGGUCCUCACCCACUGGAUGGCGGCUGCAGAUCUAAUUAUCCUGACGGCUACACCAGAAUCACCGAAUACAUUGACUGGAUCAAAAAGUUGACUUGAAGUCACGAAUGUCACGAUCUGCCCAU